AUGCAAUUUUCCAAAUUAUCCACAAUCGCUCUAUUAGCUUUAGUUCAAAAAGUUAUUGCUGAUUCUCAAACAUUUGGUAUCAUUAGUAUCCAUUCAGGUUCUGCAUUACAAUAUGCUUCAUUAUACGCUAAAGAUGGUACUUUAGUCUUAGGUAGUUAUAAAGAUCCAUUUACUAUGGUUGUAACAGAUGACAGUAAAUUAAAAUUAUCUGAUAAUACUUUUGCUGUCGUUCAAUCAGAUGGUACCAUCAAAGAAGGUUCAGAAUCUGAUGCUACUAAAGGUUUUGCCAUCACUCAAGGUCGUUUAACUCUUGAUGGUUCUUCUGGUUUCUAUGGUAUUGAAGGCCAAGGUGCUUACACUUUAUCCACAAAGACUAGUGACGGUGCUACCGGUGUCGCUUUAAGAACAGUUGAUACUACAUCUCCAACUGGUGCCGUUGUUCCAGAUUUCGAAGGUUCUUCUGAUUCUUCUGCUGCUACUUCUUCUGCUGUUACUUCUUCUGCUGCUACUUCUUCUUCUGCUGCCGCCGCUUCUUCUGCUGUUGGUGGUGCAGCUUCUCAAAUUAAUGAUGGUCAAGUUCAAGCUGCCACUGCUACCAAAGCUGCCGUUUCUCAAAUCGGUGAUGGUCAAAUCCAAGCUACUACUGCCACAAAGGCUGCCGUUUCUCAAAUCGGUGAUGGUCAAAUCCAAGCUACUACGGCCACAAAGGCUGCUGUCUCCCAAAUUGCUGAUGGCCAAAUCCAAGCUACUACUGCUACUACAAAGGCUGCUGUUUCUCAAAUUGGUGAUGGUCAAAUUCAAGCCACUGCUUCCGUUACUGUUCAAAGUGAAAACAAUGCUGUUAAGAACGUUGGUGGUUUAGGUGCCGGUAUCUUAGCCGCUGCUGCUCUAUUACUAUAG